AUAUCGUGAAGCUAAAAAUUCCGUUCCUUGAUUAAUCUCGCUAGACAUUCUAGUCCAUAAAUAAACAAACAAUCAAGUUUUCCCUUCCCCAGAAAUGGCUGCAGCCACGCUCUCCGUCCGGCCAAACCGCCUGACUCCGGGUUCACCCAUCACCAUCCCGCCGGUCCAAUUUCCAAACCAAGUUCACGCCGCCGUAAAACCCACGAGAAGGGAGCAGUGGAGGGGCGCAAUUGGGCCCCGCCGGCGAAUAUUGGCAGGCGCCACCAGAGCUGGCUCGCAAGCGGACGAUUCGGCGCCGUUCGAUAUGUCGGUGGAGAACGCCCUUAAGCUUCUCGGAGUCUCCGAGGGAGCAUCUUUUGAUGAUAUCAUGCGUGCUAAGAAAUCCAUAAUUGCAUCUUGUAAGGAUGACCAGGAAGCUAUUGCCCAGGUUGAGGCAGCAUAUGACAUGUUGCUUAUGCGGAGCUUAACUCAACGCCGGGCAGGAAAAGUUGUAGACAGAAGCAUCAGAUAUGCAGAUGUAAAACCUGUUAAUGCUCCUGGGAUGAUGAGAUCAAUGCCUCGCUGGGCACAGACUACUUUAAAAAGCUCACCCAUUUCAAUUGAAGCACCAGCAACAAGCGAUCUGGGCUUACAGGUAGGAGUAUAUGGAGCCCUGAUGGUUUUGACUUAUGCAAAUGGAGUUUCUACAUCCCCUGGAAUGUCUUAUGCUGGGCCUGAUGUUCCUGGGCUGAUCUUAGCGGGUAGCUUUGGAGUUUCCUUGUACUUCAUGACCAGAAAAAAUGUGAAGUUAGGGAAAGCAACUGUGAUAACCAUAGGAGGCCUUGUGGCAGGAGCAGUGGUGGGAUCAGCGGUUGAAAACUGGUUGCAGGUAGACAUUGUCCCAUUUCUUGGCAUACAUUCUCCUGCUGCGGUAAUUACUGAAUUCAUACUCUUCUCUCAGUUCCUAGUCUCAUUGUAUCUAAGGUAGGGUGACUAGAUACUUUUAUUUCUUAUGUACAUUGUAAAAACCUGUAAUUAUUCGUUGGCAUGAGCAUACAUGAGCUUUUUUAGGAUGUGUAUCAUUGCAUAUUGUACAAAACUACAAAUAAAAAUUGUGCUUCUGG